AUGUCAAUAUCAACCAAACAAGCUGCCAGAGAACAUGUUCUGGCCGUAUCUAGGGAUUUCGUUUCCCAGCCAAGAUUAACCUACAAAACUGUAUCUGGUGUAAAUGGGCCUCUGGUUAUUCUAGAAGAUGUCAAAUUUCCAAAAUUCAAUGAAAUUGUUGAACUGAAACUGGCAGAUGGAAGUCUCAGGUCUGGUCAAGUCUUGGAAGUCAGUGGAUCAAAAGCUGUGGUACAAGUUUUUGAAGGCACAUCCGGAAUUGAUGCCAAAAAUACAUUAUGUGAAUUUACUGGGGAUAUUUUGAGGACUCCUGUGUCAGAAGAUAUGUUGGGGCGUGUAUUUAACGGAUCUGGAAAACCCAUCGAUAAAGGGCCCCCAAUCUUAGCCGAAGAUUACUUAGACAUCCAGGGACAACCAAUUAACCCCUGGUCACGUAUCUAUCCAGAAGAAAUGAUCCAAACUGGUAUUUCUGCUAUUGAUGUCAUGAAUUCAAUUGCUCGUGGUCAGAAGAUUCCUAUUUUUUCAGCAGCUGGUUUGCCCCACAACGAAAUCGCCGCCCAAAUCUGUAGACAAGCCGGUCUUGUCAAGGUGCCUGGGAAAUCAGUAUUAGAUGACCAUGAGGAUAACUUUGCUAUUGUGUUUGCUGCUAUGGGUGUCAACAUGGAAACCGCUAGAUUUUUCAAACAAGACUUUGAAGAGAAUGGUUCUAUGGAAAACGUAUGCUUGUUCUUAAACUUGGCAAAUGACCCAACUAUUGAAAGAAUUAUUACCCCACGUUUAGCUUUGACCGCUGCCGAAUUUUUAGCUUAUCAAUGUGAGAAGCACGUUCUAGUUAUCUUGACUGAUAUGUCUUCAUAUGCCGAAGCGUUGCGUGAGGUAUCCGCUGCCAGAGAAGAAGUACCUGGUCGUCGUGGUUUUCCAGGUUACAUGUACACUGAUUUGGCUACCAUUUAUGAGCGUGCUGGUCGUGUUGAAGGUAGAAACGGUUCCAUCACUCAAAUUCCCAUCUUAACGAUGCCUAACGACGACAUUACGCAUCCAAUUCCUGAUUUGACUGGUUAUAUUACUGAAGGUCAAAUCUAUGUAGACAGACAGUUGCACAACAGACAGAUCUACCCGCCAGUCAAUGUGUUGCCAUCCUUGUCGCGUUUGAUGAAGUCUGCUAUUGGUGAGGGUAUGACUCGAAAGGACCACUCUGAUGUAUCUAACCAGCUCUACGCUUGCUAUGCUAUUGGUAAGGAUGUUCAAGCCAUGAAGGCCGUAGUCGGUGAGGAAGCCUUGACCCCAGAUGAUCUUCUCUAUUUGGAAUUUUUGACCAAAUUUGAAAAGAAUUUUAUCUCGCAGGGAAAUUACGAAAACAGAACCGUAUUUGAAUCUUUGGACAUCGGCUGGCAGUUGCUCCGUAUCUUCCCCAAGGAAAUGUUGAAGCGUAUCCCUGCCGCCACGCUCGCAGAAUUCUAUCCUAGAGAUUCGCGUCACUAA